AUGGCUUUGAGUUCGAUACUAAACCAAGCUUCCUUUCGAACCUGGGCCGUGGCCAUCUCUGCAUGUCUUGUCAUUUGGGCCGCCGCCCACUGGUGGCUCGCUUACCGUCGACUGCGGCAUAUCAAGGGUCCAGGAUUAGCAUCCAUCUCGAGUCUGUGGAUCUUCUAUCAGACUUGUCGAUCUCGUAUCUAUCUCGCUGGCGACGAGGCUCUGCAGCGCUAUGGUUCGAUUGUGCGCAUCGCUCCCAACUGCAUCUUAACAAAUGACCCCGUCUUCCUCCGAGUCAUGGCCGCUCCGAGGUCGGGCUUCACGCGGAGUCGGUAUUUUGAGGCUACUCGAGUCGACGCUCAGAGCGACCAUUUGUUAUCCCUCAGAGACGAGGCCGCUCAUGCCGCCUUGAGAGCAAAAGUCUUACCAGGGUACUCAGGUAAAGAAGUAACGACUCUUGAAUCUGAUAUCGACGCCCGAGUGGUCGACCUGCUCGAUCUGAUCCGUCGUGACUACGUGAGUCAAGAGAAGCCGCUCGACUUCGCGAGGCUGUCUGGAUUCUUCACCCUCGAUAGUCUGACCACGAUCGCCUUUGGGAAUGCUAUGGGCUACCUCAAGACGAAUGAAGAUUUGUUCCACUAUUUUCACAUGUCUUCCAAGCUAUACCCAAUCGUCGAGCACACCAUGCACCAUUGGUCCAUCCACCAAAUCGUACAGACUAUCCAGAAAAUGGUUACGGUGCCCAGUGAUGUCGGCAUGGGUGCCAUUGUGACGGCCGUCAACAAAGGAGUCCGCGAACGUUUUACGGCCCCAUCCACCACCGAAACGCCCUCUGACAUGUUGAACUCCUUCAUUUGCCGUGGUUUGACCGAGCUUGAAUGUGAAUCCGAGGCGAUUUUGCAGAUCAUGGCCGGCGCCGACUCUACGGCCCACGCGCUCCGCAUUACCUUCUAUCACCUCCUCAGUAAUCCGACCGCGUACCUGAAAUUGAUGGCAGAGAUGGACGCUGCUCUCCAGAGCGGCCAAAUCUCGUACCCGGUCAUCCAAAACAGCGAAGCCCAGGCCCUCCCCUACCUGCGUGCCUGCAUCAUGGAAGGUUUGAGAAUGUUUAUGCCCUUGAACGGGAUCAGUACACGUCUCUCACCGUCGCCCGACGGAUAUACUCAUAACGGCAUCUAUAUACCUGCCGGGACUGAAGUGGGGAUCUCCAUCUACUCCAUGCUGCGCCGAAAAGAUAUCUUUGGACCCGAUGCCGAUACGUUUCGCCCGGAGAGGUGGUUUGACAAGGACACCGAAAGACUCAAAGCACGAGAGCGAGUGCAGGAAAUGGUCUUUGGCACGGGCCGGACGAGCUGUCUAGGGAAAGAUAUUGCGUGGAUGGAAUUGAGGAAGGUCAUUUUUGAACUUUUCCGAAACUUUGAAUUCUCUAUCGUCAAUCCCUUGGCAGGAGUGAAAACGUGGUCGAACGGCGUGGUGGUCCAAGAAGGCAUGUACGUGCGAGCAUGGCCCAGGAAGAAAGAUUAA